UCCUAUCCUAUUUCUGCCCAUGAUGCUUCCACGUCGCCACGGCACGACUUCUUUCCGUCCGUCGACUUUGACAGUCGACGAUGUCGAUCAUCGUAUCAUUACAUAGCGAUCCAGCGUUUUUCUAUCUUCUACUCAUUUUCCAGAUAUACUCCCUUAUAUUAUACAUCCUGAUACCAUUCGUGAAUGUACUGGCACACAUGUCGACUUUUUACUAUCUAUUACCCACACGCUACUGCUAUUACUACUCCUACUGCUACUAUUUCCUUUCAUGUGUUACUCUUACCCAAAACGAUAGACGUGGUGACUCUGUUUUGUGUGAUUCAUUCGAUAUUUACUUCACAAGUUGUAUUCUAUUCUAUUUUGAUCAUAUACAGGCUGCUAUACAGUGAUUCCAGAGCGAAUAUACUAGUGAUUAAUACAAU